AUCCAAAAGGUGGUCCUUGCUCUUGGAGAUUAUCAGGGUGCCCAGUGCCAUGCCUGUAUUGGAGGCACAUUGGUGCGAGAGGACAUGCGCAAGCUGGAGAGUGGUGCCCAUGUGGUUGUGGGAACUCCUGGGAGAGUCUACGACAUGAUUAACCGCAGGGCACUCAACACUAAGGACAUCAAGAUGUUUGUCCUGGAUGAAGCUGACGAGAUGUUGUCUCGGGGUUUCAAAGAUCAAAUCUAUGAUGUAUUUAGAUUUAUGCCUAAUGAAAUUCAGGUGAUCCUGUUGUCGGCCACCAUGCCAACUGAUGUGUUGGAAGUAACCCAGCGAUUCAUGCGAGACCCUGUGCGAAUCCUGGUCAAGAAAGAAGAGCUGACCCUGGAGGGUAUCAGGCAGUUCUAUGUACAAGUGGAACGAGAGGAGUGGAAGCUGGACACACUGUGUGAUCUGUAUGAAACUUUGACUAUAACUCAAGCUGUUAUCUUCUGCAACACCAGAAGGAAGGUUGACUGGCUGACUGAAAAGAUGGCCUCACGAGAUUUCACCGUCUCUGCUAUGCACGGGGACAUGAACCAAAAUGAACGCGACCUUAUCAUGAGAGAGUUCCGUUCUGGAUCCAGCCGAGUGCUCAUCACCACUGAUCUGCUGGCUCGUGGGAUUGAUGUCCAGCAGGUGUCGCUAGUCAUCAACUAUGAUCUGCCUGCCAACCGUGAAAACUAUAUUCAUAGAAUUGGCCGUGGAGGACGUUUUGGCCGAAAAGGGGUUGCUAUCAACUUUGUGACAGCUGAUGACAUCCGCACUCUUCGAGACAUUGAGCAGUUUUACAACACCACCAUCGAGGAGAUGCCCAUGGAUGUUGCUGAUUUACUUUGA